AAUGAUCUAUCUACGCACGAUAGCCGUAGCUAUAGCCACAGCAAUCCUGCAACUCGCAAUAGCUGCCACUCCCAACAAUGCAACACCUACAAGCCUGCACGACCUAGCUCGCGAAAUCACCCGCGUGGAAUCCAUCCGCGAGAUAAAAGACAUCCAACGCACCUUCGCGCACCUCUCCCAAUUCGGGAAAUUCGACGCCGUAGCCUCGCUCUUCUCCCCAAACGCAACCUUCAUACAUGGCGGCACUACCAACGCGACUAACAUCACCGGUAUCCCGUCAAUUGCGAAAUGGCUCCGCGAUGACGCAGGGGAGAUGAACGGUAUAUCACCUGGCUCGCUCAACACUAUUGUGGUUGAGAACCCUGUCAUCAACCUUGCAGUCGACGGGCUAAGCGCAAAGGCGCGUUGGAAUGGGUUAAGAUUCGCUGGCGACGGAAAGGGCGGGACGAAGAUACAAGGCGGCAUCUAUGAAAACGAGUAUGCGCGUACAGAAACCGGAUGGCGCAUCUCGCUGCUGCAUUACUACGGCAUGUACGAGGGACCUUAUGUAGGUGGAUGGAGAAACAUGGGAGGCCGUGGGAUUCCGAUCAUACCGUACCACUUCACGCCUGAGGAAUCCGGAAUCGUGAUUCCUCCUGCGGUGGGAGAAGCGCCGCAGACGAAUAUUAGCAUUGAGGAUGUUGAACGCAGGAUCAAGCGGCUGAAUGAUGAGGAUGAAGUUAGGAACUUGAUGCAUGCGCAUGGGUAUUACGUUGAUCGGAGGAUGUGGUCGGACGUUGUGGAUUUGCACAGUGCGGAUACGAAGGUGUCGAUUGUUGGAGUGGCUAAUUAUACAGGAUUGGGGGGAGUGAGGAAGGCGUUGGAGCGGAUGGGCCCGGAGAAUUUGGUGCAGGGCAUUGCGAAUGAUCACCCGAUAUUUGAUAUGAUUGUAGACGUUGCGGCGGAUGGGAGUACAGCGACGGUAAGGGGAAUUGAGAUAGGUAUGCUGGGCGAUGCGAACACACGCACUGCUUCCUGGGAGUUUAAUAUUUUCCGGAACCAGUUCAUCAAAGAGAACGGCAUAUGGCUGGUCAAAGACGUGGAGAUCACACCCCUCGUAGUAGCGGACUACUACAAAGGCUGGGGAGAUGGAGGUACUAGGAGUAAUACCUCAUACGUACCUCCCUUCCUACCUUCAACAGGCUUUCGGUUCAGCGGCUCGAAAUCUGCAGGUACAAAGAUUGUCAGUCGCACGGAGCUAGAGGACCUAUAUCGUCGACUGCAACGUUCAGCAGCAUACGAUGGUGCUGAAAAUCAGUCCCACGCGUAUGGAUACUUCCUCGAUGACAUCAACUGUGCAAAGAUGGGAGCUCUAUUCGCAAAAAGAGGACACAAGGCAUCUCCAUUCGCAGGUUUCUUCAUCACGCCAGAACGGAUCGACGGGGCAUGUGUUGCCUCGUACGGUACAAAUAGAUCGACGUUGCGACAGAGCAUUUCUUUCCACUGGCGACCCCAACCAGUAGUGCUGGUAUCCGAAGACGGACGAUCCGCAACGCUUCGAGCAAGACUGUUGCAACCUUCGACAUCGGCGACGAAAUCUGGGGCAUUCAACAACGCCAUUUACCAUGACCAGAUGGUCUUGGAGGACGGAAAGUGGCGACUUUGGAGUGUGACCAUUGAUGAGCAUUACUGGACAUCUUCGACAUGGGAAGGAGGUUGGGCAGACGCCAAACCUCGCAAUAGUAGUGCGCCAGAUCCACAGCCAGCUUCAUGGACGAAGAAGUACCCACCAGAUGUGACUAUUGCCGAGGUAGGGUUGCGAGAGAGUACGUUCCGUGGUGGAAGCGGGAAGUAUAUCGAAUGGCCUGAGAUUCAGCGGAUGUGGUUUCAGUAUAGCAACCUCGUCAGUGGCAGAGUGCCCGAGUAUUAUUGGCCCGGAUGCGUACCGUGUCAGACGAGACCAGAUUGGGCACUGACAGCAAAUGGUUAUCAAGAGCCUCCUACAGGUUCAGCGAGUAGAAACGGGACCAUAUCCUGA